AUGAAAGAUUUCUUUGUGUUCACAACUCAGUGUACCCCUAUUUCCGUUUGUUUAGACGUGUCAGAUAACGAUCUUUCCAACAUCUCAGCCGAUCAUGUGGAUCGACUGUCACAAGCGAUAUUAUUCGCAUCCCGACGUGCUGGAGCCAAAUGGAAGGACACUAUUUAUGCACUGCCAUUUUGGCAAAGCCGAGGCCGACUGCAACUGGAGGAGGCGGUCACACGACUGGAGUUGCGAAUGGUGAGUCUUUAA